ACGUAACUCUGUCGACCUUCACCUUUUGAAAGUUUUGACCCUGUAGUAUACUUCAUAGUAAACAAAUAAGUGAACGGGAAGAAAUGACAGAAAAAGUUGAUAAAACCAAGAGGAUAGGAAGAUGGUAUUUCGGUGGUGUCGCCAGUGCCAUGGCAGCUUGCUGUACCCAUCCAUUAGAUUUGCUGAAGGUACACAUGCAGACACAGCAAGGUCAGAUCAGUAUAUUUACGAUGGCUAAAAAGUUAUAUGGCUCAGAUGGUGUGCUAGGAUUUUAUAAUGGUCUCUCAGCCUCAGUUAUGAGACAGUUAACUUAUUCGAUGACAAGAUUUGCCGUGUAUGAUAUUGGUCGUAAAGCUCUCACUAAAGAUGGCAGAAACAUGCCGUUUUACGAGAAAGUGUUGUUAGCAGGAACUGCCGGUGCCAUGGGGGGAUUUGUAGGUACCCCACCAGAUAUGGUCAAUGUUAGGAUGCAGAAUGAUGUAAAGCUGCCACCAGAGCAACGAAGAAAUUACAAGCAUGCUGUAGAUGGAUUGUAUAGAGUAUUUAAGGAAGAAGGUCCAGUGAAAAUGUUUAACGGGGCUACGAUGGCCACUAGUCGUGCUGUUCUUGUUACUGUUGGACAGAUUGCUUUCUAUGACCAGAUAAAAGGAACGUUACUGGGAACUUCAUUCUUUAAAAAAGACAACGAAAUUUUACAUUUUACCUCAAGUUUCUGUGCUGUGAGUCUUAUGUUACCUGGUAAAUAUAAGAAUAUUCUAGCAUGUGCUGUAGAUAUAGGGAAAAAUGGACCUCUAGGAUUUUUCAAGGGAUUCUUGCCAGCUUUUGUUCGACUUGGACCGCAUACAAUAUUGACAUUCAUGUUCCUGGAGCAGAUUAGAAUGAACUUUGGUGAUGACCCAAAACAAUAAUUAGACAGUGUUACCAUAGCAACACGAUUUUCUUAGCAACAGAAUUUAGAAUUUUGUAACUUAGCCCAUCUCUAUUUGAAUUCUGUAAUGUUUUAGGAUAUAGGCACAUAAUGGAAAUAAGUUAUUUUUGCAGUUAAAGAUAGUGUAAUUUUCUACUUCAUUUCGAAACAGUUAAGGCCCCUUUCUAUUAAGUCAUUUUGUAGUGCAAUAAUUUAAAAAAUCUUGCAUCAACUUUCGGCAAUAUGCCAGAAAUGAAACGGAGAGGGGUCUAUAUUCUCUUUAUAUACAAUUGUAGAAAUUUUAUUGUUAUAAUAUAAAAGGGUAAUUGUUAGAAUUUUAGAUAAUGUAAAUUAUGUUCAAAAGAUAUGUUUUUUGUUCAGGACUGAUAAUGUUGUCAAUUUAUAGUACAGGUUUUGGACGUUUUAUUUGUAUGGUGUUGCUGUAAGAAAUUUGUUGUGUGAAAAUCAACAGUUAUGAUCACCUUUGUUUUAAGUUUUGAACAUUUCAAACUGCCGUUUAAAAAUUUAUUGUAUUGUAGGAUAGGUUACCUAUAUGUUCUUUUUCUAGUUAUCUGUGUAAGAGCGUCUUGGUUUUGUUAAAACUGAAAGUUUUGUAAGGUACAUAUACCAUUAGAAUAUUGGGCUUUGUAAACUCAGGGACUGAAAAACUAGUUUGCAAGAGAAAAUUCAAAAUCAUUAUCAUUACAUUGUGCUACAUUAAUAGAUAACUGUUUUGUGCUGUACCAAAUACAAUCUUUUGAUAGGCAGGUGUAUUGCAUAAACUGUUAAUAGGAGAAGAAAAUGUUAAAAUAAGAAGAAAGACGUAUUUUAAAGUGUUUCAUGUAGUCAGUGGACUGAUGGGAAUUUCAUGAAAAUUGAUGAUAAGGAACAUAGUAGAAAUUUUUGAUAGUUACAGCGAAAAACCUACACAUCUAAAAUUUCAAUAAAAAGGUUUGUUCUUUUAGAUUUUAAGUUUCAAAAAAGUCGGUUCUAUUUCAAAUUAUUAAAGUUUUAAUGAAAAGGGCUGUUAUUGUCAAUAAAAAAGCCAUUUAUUUUGAAUAUACAAAAUGUAUACAGUUUAAUGAAAAGGUGUUUAUUUUGAAGAUUUUAAGUUUCAAUAAAAAGCAUGUUUUAUUUUUUUAAUAUUUCAAUCUUCAGUAAAAAAAUGUGUUUUUUUUUAUGUUAUUGUUAUAUAUCAGAAUAUCAGUCCUGUAUUUUGAUUGAAAUAUUUUAAGAUUGUAUUUGAUCAGUUAUUGAUGUGUAUAGGGUAUUUAUAUAUACAUUGUUGCUUCUUUAACAACAUUCCUUGUCACGGAAAUUUGGUGCAGAAAAGAUGUUUUGCUUUAUGGCUUAUAACCGUUCAUGUAAAAUUUUUGUAAAAAAAAAUAAAAAAGUGUUUUAUGUUUAACAUGUAAUGCAGUUGUUUAUCUGAUUUGUACAUUAGUUUUGAAAAUGUUUUAUCAAAGUAAGCAGAGCUUUCAAAGUUUGAAUUUCUAAUUAAUGACUUUAUUGUCUGUUUGAAACAAAGAAAUAUAUUCAAACUUUAAAACAUAUUUCAGUUUUCUCAUGUUUUUGUUUUUAAAUUUUGAAUUUUGUCAGAAAUUUUACAGCGCUUUUUUUUAGGAUUUUUUAAUGAAUUCAUUUGUGUGAUUUGCAAGUUUGUUAUAAACACAUUUUAUAUGUGGCAUUGAUUUUAUGUUAACAUAUUAUAUAACACAUCAUUUACACACCAUUUUACAUGUUUUUCUUACACAAUGUUAUAGCAUAUAAAUCUGUUAUCAUUUGUCUAAUAUUGUAGUGGUAAGAUGAGCCGCGUCACGACAAAACCAACAUAGUGCGUUUGCGACCAGCAUGGAUCCAGACCAGUCUGCGCAUCCACGCAGUCUGAUCAGGAUCCAUGCUGUUCGCUUACCAACCCUAUUACAAGUAGAGAAUCUGAUAGCGGACAGCAUGGAUCCUGAUCAGACUGCGCGGAUGCGCAGGCUGGUCUGGAUCCAUGCUGGUCGCAAACACACUAUGUUGGUUUUGUCAUGACACGGCUCAUAUAUUUUUGUCUUGUUGCAAGUUACAAAGUGGUAGUUUUAUAUAAGUAUAGCACUGUUGUUUUAAUUUGAAUUUUAACAUUACAUUAUGUUUUAUACAGAAACAGGCUCAUGUCAGCAUGAAGGUUUGAAAAAGAGACUUAGAUAUUUAAAUGCUUAAUAAUUUGUUUGCCCUUUUAAAUCAAUUACUUACAGAUUGUAAUGAAACUUGGUAAAAAUAAUCACUACACAGAAGGUUUCUAAGGUACUCUGCAGAAUUUAAUGAAGAACAUUAACAUACUUGGUGUCUGUCACAUCAGAUUU